ACACCGUGAUAAUGGCUCCUGUUAAUUACGUUAUUUUUAUUUAUUUUUUCAUAGGUGUAUCCACAGGAUUGGAGUCCAUAGUUGGCCAGGUAUUCUGUGCAUCUUGGACUACAUGGACAACCACACCGGCGUCCGCCUGUGGAGCAACAUGCGGUACGGGAACAACGACCCAAAAUCGGACUCGACAAUGCAACCCAGGUUUCGGUAGCCCUUCGCCAAGUCCCCCAGCUGGCUGUAGGUUUGCUCAACUGGAAGUGACUACCAGAGCCUGCAAUACUGGUGUUCCUUGUACAGGCUUGGUUGGGACAUGGGGAGCUUGGGCGAAUGAAGGCCUCUGCAGCACGUACUGCGGUAAUGGUGGUACACAGACACAGAGGAGGACGCGGACUUGCACCCCAGCAGGCCAAUGCAGUCAGUCCCUGGUAGAGCGAAGGGAGGUUUUUUGCACAAGAACUGCAUUUCAGCUGAGAUCCUGUUUCAGGUUUGGAGCUGCUACAUGUGAAGGUCGCGGCUUCCAAACAUUCCUGUAUGACUACAUUAUCCCGUUCUUCAACCUGUGUGUCAAUGGCCGCUAUGAGCAGGUGCGCUGCCCUGCCAACCGCUUUGGCCUGGUGUCCACGUGUGGUCAAGAUGUUCUCAGCAAGCAAGUCAUUCAACCUGAUUGA